AUGCAAGUGCAAAAGCAAAAGCAAAAGCAACUGCAACUGCAAACAAUGAUUCUAAUCAAAAUAUUCAUCUUUAUUCUUUUUUAUUGGGAUCUCUACGAAUGUAAAAACAUCGUAAGCAUAACGAAUCAUGUUGAUGAGCACGGGGUGACGCAUCGACAGAUUGUAUUGAGUAAACUACCUAUACACACAAAAGUGAGUCACAGAGAUAAUAUCGAACAUAAGAGAAUGCAAGAGAGUUUCAACAACAUGGCACCAUUAGACACGACGUUGUCGAUCAGUAAACGGGUUGAUAUCUUUAACUCGUACUUGCGUAAUGUCAAGGAAACGUUUAAUUUAAUCAGUGAGGCACAGGGAAGAGGCCGGAUCAUGAGUGAACAGGGAGGAUACUUGGUGUUGACACCGUUGAACGAAGCGAUUUUCGAGUUGAAAUUGAAACCGUGGGAGUUUCCUCGUGACAUCCAUCGGAUGGAGGGACAAGACAAGGAUGAGAUAGAAGUCGAAGAGGCUAUCAAUGAGAACAUCAAAGAUUUCAUCAACGCGCAUGUGGUGAAACUGCCCAGUUUGAAGAACUUAGCGUGGGAGAAUGCAAACGAUAACGAGGCCGUUGUUCAUUUGCAGUCGCUUUCGUCCGCGGAUAUAAGAUUGAAAUCGGAUGACGAAGGGUUGAUGGUAUGCGGGGAUGGAAAUACAUGGAUAAGAGUGGGACAUAUUGAGAAAUGUUCCAAUGGUGUUAUAAUGUUUAUCAACAAAAGUCUAGUGAUACCAUGA